AUGGAGCACUGUCUGAUAGAGUGGAAGAAAUAUCUGGAGACUCAAAGGGACACCUACUAUCAUCUCAACCUGUUCACUGCACACCAGCUCUUCUACCUAUGUAGCCAACUAGCCAAAGCCCACAAUAGUGUAAUAGAGCCACAGAUUCUUAAUAUGCUUUCUGUCAUAAAGCAUGACAUUAAAGCAGAAGAUAUUAGAAAAGCCCUGGAGCAAGCCCUCAUGACUCCACUUGACUCUGUCAACACAUCAGCAGGAAGCAAUGAGUCUGUUACUUGGCAUGACUAUGUCAUUCGUUUUCCCCAGCUCAUCAAAAACCUGGCUGAAUCUGGCUACAAUACGUCAGUGGCGAAGGCAGCCUUGCAGAGCUGCCUUCAAAACUCUGACAUCACAGAGCAGAACCUGAUGAAUUUUGCCUUUGAAUGGGGUGAUAACAAGGAAGUGGUUGAAAACCUGAGCAAACUGUAUGAUGAGCAGCAAGAAGCAUUUCUGCAGAAGUCAAGGAAGUUUAAAAACAAGAACAGAAAUGUUGACCAGGCAACUUUUAGCACCCUUGCUGAAGAUGAACUGGCUACCUCCUUUGAGAGUUUGCCAUCCAUCUGUGACAAGGUGAAUCUGCUCUGGGACGCUUACUGUAAGAAAUUCACUGGCCUUGUGUCAGACAAGUACAUCAGCCUGGAUGUCUUCGGUGAAACACUGAAGCAAUUAGCAGCUCUCGAAACUAUAUGUAUCAAGAGAAGUUUACCAGUAAGCCUUGAAGCCAGGAAACCUUCUCUCAUCAUGUGUAAAGAAGAAGAAAUGUUACUCUACAUGCUCUCCAUUUACAGACACACCAAGACAGAGCCUCUCCCAACAUAUGAUGAGGUCCUGGUGUGCACACCAGACACAGAGGAGGAAGAAGUGGAGCUGAUUGUUAGGAGAGCUCUUUCAUCUGAUUCUCAGAACCAGAAAAUCUACUGCUUGCUAGGUGCUGAGAAAUUAGUGUACAAAGUUUCCAAACAACUAGAGUCCCACUUCUUCCGCUUGCUGCAAUCUUCUACAGUCCCUGACUAUAGGUUCAUUAUCUUUUGCAAUGCCAAAGCGCUUAAUUCUUAUGUUAUCACAGCCUUCGACACCUACAAAGUUACUAUCCCAUGCUACUCUGAGACAGAAAUCCAGGCAUACCUGAGCACACAUCUCAAAGUGCCUUGUGGAACAGCCCCAGUUGCUCAGGCCUUCGAAGAGCCCUAUCAGCAGAAUGUGAAGUUCAUAUUUUCAAAUCAAGCAGGAAUGGGGAAGUCUCUCUUUGUGGACAAUACCCUCCAAAAGAUCCGUGCCCAGCUGGAUGAUUUACCAGUGGUUCACAAAACCAUUAGGCUGAUGGAGUCAGAAAUUGAUUUCCAGUUCCUUCUGGAGGAGCUACUCUCUGUUGAGGAAUUCCCGACUGAAAGUCAGCCCACUGUCUUCCACAUUGAUGUGUCACCAGUGGUGUCAACAGGUCUCUAUCGGCUGCUGAUUGAGCUAUGCAUCCUAAGACACAUCCAGAGUCCCAGCGGCUUGGUCUGGAAGUGCAAAUCCUCUCAUCUUUACUUGAUUGAGUACCUGGCAAAAGGGAAAGGUGUUAGCAGAACAAGGAAACAUGAGAUAUCCAGUGAAACAGAAGAAAAGUUCCUGGAUCUUUUUCCUACAGUGAAAUGUGUAUCACCAAUGCGGGUACUUGAGUUGCUGGAAAACCCGUGCUCUGGUCGCCUUUCUGAAAUGAAAGAGGAGCAGUUUGACCGAAACAAGUUGAAGAGUGAAGCUUUCCAGAGGUCUUACCAGUACCUCAGCAGAUAUAAGAGAGAGGAAGAUCUUGACCGUUUCUUUUUCAAUUCUGAGAGGACUGAGGGGACAGAGAAAGAGUGGCUGAAGCUCUUACUGGAAUUCUGUGGAAGACAUAACCCUUCCUGGACCGAGCUAAGCAACUUCACUCAUUUCCUAAACUUCCAGCUAAGCAAGUGUGAGAAAUCGGUUUUCUGUGGUCCAGCAGUCGGAGAAGAUUUCCAGGGGUUUAAAACAUUUGUGAUAAAGUUCAUGAUCACUAUGUCCAAGGACUUUGCUGUGCCCUCUCUUGACAUCUCUGAUCAAAGUGUGGCAAGUGCAGAAAGUGAUGAUGAGGGAAACAACAUUAUGAGACAGUAUCAGCUAAGACGAAAAUGGGAACAAGAGCCCCACCCCUAUAUAGUCUUCCAUGCAGACAAUGACUCCAUGGAGUUCUUGGGUUUCCACAUCAGCAAUAACUUGGAUGCUAUUGAUGCUCAUUCUAAAGCUGUUUUGGAAAGGAAUGUUAUCAAACGGAAAUUAUACCGCACUUUGAAAGCCCAGCAUGUUCCAUUCAAUAAGAAGUUUGACGACUUGCCUAGAACAAUGCAGCUGGAGGCCCUCUGCAGAGUUUUUGGUGUGAGCUACACUGAAGAUCCAGAUGAAUCAUAUCAGCUGACACUGGAUAACACCAUGAAGAUGCUUGCCAUUCACCUGCGGUUCCAGUGUGGGAUACCUGUAAUCAUCAUAGGUGAAACAGGUUGCGGAAAGACAAAGCUUGUGCAGUUCAUGUGCAGCCUGCAAAGGGCAGGCAGGGACAUUCAGAACAUGGUGGUGGUACGCGUCCAUGGUGGUACUACUUCCAAGACCAUCCACAAUAAAGUUAGGCAGGCAAUUAUGCUGGCACGUAGCAAUGAAGAAAGGCACAAAGUAGACACUGUACUCUUUUUUGACGAGGCCAACACAUCAGAAGCUAUCUUUGCAAUCAAAGAGGUGCUGUGUGAUCGCAGUGUAAAUGGAGAGAAGAUUCUCACUGACAGUUUAAAAGUAGUAGCUGCUUGCAACCCUUACAAAAGGCACACCAAGGAAACUGUAGAGAAACUUGAAAAAGCUGGCUUGGGGUACCAAGUCCGGAGUGAAGACACACUGGAGAAACUGGGCUCCAUUCCUUUGAGACAGCUGGUAUAUCGGGUCAAACCCCUUCCACCUAGCUUAUUGCCCCUUGUCUGGGAUUUUGGAGAGCUGAAUGAAAAGACACAGAGCCUCUACAUCAGAGAGAUUGUAAAGUCCACCAUGAAGGGCAAGAUCGCUAUUGGAAAUUUGGACAUCUUUACCAGUGUCAUUUCAGCCUCCCAGAAGUUUCUCAGGAACAAAAAAGAUGAAUGCAGAGUUGCCAGUCUUCGGGAUAUAGAGCGCUGCAUGAGCAUUACGCUUUGGUUUUAUAAAUUAAGAGACCUGCUAUUUCCUCAGAUUGAUAAGAAGAAGCAAAAGAAGCCAAUCUUGAGUGAUGCACAAAGGGCCUUGGUCCUUUCAGUGGGAGCUUGCUAUUAUGUAUCUCUGGAAAGCCGUGAAGAUUACCUGCAGGAGGUUGCAAAAUGCUUUUCUGUCUCUGCAGAAAAUGUCUCUGCAUCCCUGUUGCAGCAAGAGAUUGAGCUUUGCCAAGAGGUGUUUCUUGAUAACAUCUCUGUUCCUGAGGCAACAGCCCGCAAUGAUGCUCUGAAGGAAAACAUCUUCAUGUUAGUCAUAUGCAUGGACCUACGAGUUCCCCUCUUUCUGGUUGGGAAGCCAGGAAGCUCCAAAUCCCUGUCUAAAACCAUUGCUGUGGAUGCCAUGGAGGGCAGGCUGUCCAAAGAACAGUUGUUCAAAAGAUGCAAGGAAAUCCAGCUGGUGUCUUUUCAGUGCAGUCCCCAUUCAAAGCCAGAAGGGAUCAUCUCCACUUUCCGACAAUGUGCACAGUUCCAGAAGGAGAAGAAUCUGGAUGAAUUUGCAUCCGUGGUCCUCUUGGAUGAGAUUGGCCUUGCAGAAGACUCACCAGAGAUGCCACUGAAGACACUGCACCCUCUUCUUGAAGAUGGGAGUGUUGAUGAUGAAAACCCAGAACCUUACAAAAAAGUUGGCUUUGUGGGCAUUUCAAAUUGGGCCUUAGACCCUGCCAAAAUGAACAGGGGUCUUCUUGUACUUCGAACUGACCCUAGCAAAGAAGAGCUAGUUAAAACAGCAGAGGGCAUCUGUGCUGCACAGCCUCACCUUGAAAGGAUUAAAUAUUUAUUCCCUUUGCUGGCAGAAUUCUACUGCGAGGUCCUAAAAACACAAAAAAACGAGUUCUUUGGGCUCCGUGAUUUCUACAGCUUGAUCAAAAUGAUACUGUCCUACACCCAGGACAAGCAGUGCAUCUCUCAAGAGGAGAUCAUUAUAAAGGCCAUUCAGAGAAACUUUGGAGGCUCCAGUGAUAUCAGUCCUGUUGAGCUCUUCCGAAACUGCAUCAGAGAGCUGGAUCUUCAACCUGACUUGGAAACCAGCCACACACUUCGUUUGCUGAAGGAAAAUAUGGGCAAGCAGCAGGCAGGACUCAUGUCUCGAUACCUCCUGUUGCUGACAACCAACCAUGCAGCUUUCCACAUCAUCCAGAUGACACAGCUUAUAGAUGCUGAGAACUGUGAAAUCAUAUUUGGCUCUGGUUUUCCACAGGACCAAGAUUAUUCCCAGGUAUGCCGGUCUGUCAGCAGGGUGAAGAUCUGCAUGGAGACAGGCAGGCCUGUUGUUCUUUUAAAUAUACACAACCUUUAUGAGAGCCUUUAUGAUGCACUCAACCAGUGCUUCGUUACUCUGGGGGGAAAUUACUAUGUGGACCUGGGUCUUGGCACUCACAGAGUGAAGAGCCGUGUGAAGGGUGAGUUCAGACUCAUUGUGAUAGAGGAGAAGAACAUAGUCUACACCCAGUUCCCCGCCCCACUUCUGAACCGGCUGGAGAAGCACUGCUUGGACAUGAACACUGUUCUGAACUGGCAGCAGCAAGAGCUGAAGAAGGACCUGCAGUCCUGGGCCAGGCGAUUUGUCUCCGUUGACAGCAGUAAGUUCUCCAACAUUUGGUCCAAGGAGUCUAGCCCCAAGGAGCACGAUGUCUUCAUCGGUUUCAGCAAUGACACAUCUGCAACUGUUGCUUUGGAGAGCACUCAGAGCAGGUCCUGGGGAGACCUUGAGCCCUACGAAGAGCCCGUGCUCUCUAUUGCCAAAAGGAAACUUGUUCAGUGUGCAACCCCUGACUCCAUCUUGCGUCUUAAGUACUCCGAUCUGGAUGAUCCUGAGCAGAUCCAAGACUUGUACUUCCACAAGCAGAAACACAACAGCCUUCUUAGUGUUUUGGGAGAAACAGUUAACUGUCAGCCAAGGAAGGAGAGGACCGCUGGGCUCUGCCUUCAGGUUUCUACACAUGCAAGACUUCUAAAUGAGAGAGAUUUAGAAAAGAUAAGGAAGACACUUCAACUUCAAGAUAAAAUCCUCUGCCUCUUUCUAAGCCAGUUCGACACUGAGUACGCUUUCCGCCAGGAACUCAGGAAUUUUUUUGCGCAAUCAUCAGAAGAGAAGUUGCUCCUCAUCCAGUUUCACUUUGAGGAGCCACAAAGCAGCAAAAGGCUUCUAGCUUGUGCCAAGUACUGUAUCAUAGAUGAGAGAAGGAAAUCAACAGGCACAGGCCCGUCACAUGUUGUCCUAACCAUUCAAGUCCCACGAGUUCUGGGAGGCUGCAGCUACCUGGCAUUUGACAGUGGUGAAUGGAUGUCGAUCCACUUGGAUGAACUGAUGCCCCCAGACAACUUUACAGCCAAUCUAGGCCAGCUUGCUAAAAUGACUAUUGCUGAGAUUUUCAUGACCACUUUGCAGGGGCAUCUCGCAACAGGUUCUCCAGAGGAAUCUAAUGCUCUUGAAGAUCCAGACAAGUCCAGUCUUCUUCCAGAAGAAAAUCUCCUCAGCAUGGACUCUAUGAUCAAACAGAGCAUCCAGAAAGCCGUGAUCCAGCUGGAAGACAAACCAGACAACAGUCGACGUGCCACUGAGAGAAUUACGAUUAUUCAUAACUUGCUUUGCCGGGAUCAUGGUAGAACAACAUUUUCUAGUAAUUUUAUGAGUGUGCUGAAAACGAGAAUUUGCCACCUCCUGCAAGAACGUGAGAAAAUAAGCUUUGAGCCAAGGGAGUGGGUUUUCCGCAGAGCUGUCUCCAGUGAGUUCAUCCUUGAAGACUCUUCAUUCAGGCAUGCACUCUGGAUGCAUUUAGAAGACAUUGUGGCCAAUCUGUUUGCUCAAAUUCUCGCAGUGGCGGAUGCAAACAACAACCUGGAUCAUCUCUCUCCACUGUCUCCACUCUCAGAACUGUGGCUUCAGAUGUUCAAAGAAGAAUCAUUCUUGAGAAUUAAAUAUACCAGCAAGAAACAAGAUGCUAAGAUUUCCGUGUUGUCAAUGACCGAAGACCCCAACACAUCUGUGUUUUGCCAAUUCCCAUUCAGCUGGGUUUUGAAGGCGUACCUGGAGGAACUAUGGGAGAGAGUCUAUAAUAUGAAAGAUCAUCCAAAAGUGCCUAUGAAGGAACCAGCCGAAUUUUUUCAAACACAGAUCAAGAAUGUGUUGACGCUAGAUGGCAGUAACCCAGAGAUGAUGCAGCGUUACGCCAAUGACUUUCUAAGGAUGACUUUUCCUGGGCAAGAUCUUUCUGUCUAUGAGAUUCUGUCAAAAGCUCUCCUAGUCAAUGCAAAACAGCUCUGCUCCUCUGUGGGGCAGGAGGAGAUAAGCUUUUCCCCCAUUUGGCUUCAUAUGGACUAUUUCUACCUGCGAGAGGAGUAUCAACUCUUUGUUGACUUGGUAAAAAGUGAUGAGACUGUAACAAGUGAGCUGCAAAAAAUGUACGAGAAGGACCCACCAGAAAUGUUUGUCACUCUUGACACCUUGAACAUUCUCCUGAAGAAGGUGCAACCCACAGAUGAUCUUCAGUCUUUUGAGGCCUGUACAGAAUGGCUUAGAAGAGUCAAAUCCAUUAAGCCCUGGAUGGAGUGGAUAAGUACAGACAAUUACCAGAUUCAUCUUUACUACACGAAAAGGGAACUCCUGAGGAGUGUGUUACACCAGUGGACCUGCACCAACAUUGUCUACAUGUUCUUUGACCACCUGCUGCACAAUGAGACAGAAGUAGAUGAGAAGCUUCUGAGACUUCUUGUGAAGCAGUUCAUCUUUAUCUGGAAGCGCCUGAGUGAAAAACAAAAUAUUGAGCCAUCAGAAACUUUUGAGUCGGUGACAAAAGUGCUCAAGAUAUGCAACACAAAUGCUGACAAUGUGUACCUUGUGAAGGGUGUGAAGGACUGCAAGAGCUGUCUACUGGAGAUCACUGACCCAGCAGAGCUGCCCUGUGGCCACAUUUUCUGCUCACAGUGCAUCCGUGAGUGGAGAAGCAAACAGUGUAAGAUCUGCAAGGAUAACUUCCCAGAGGAUUACACACCUACAGCCAAAGCAGCCACAAGGGAAGCUGUUGCAUGUCACAACAAAUUCAGGAGGAAAUGUAACUCCUUCUUUGUGGAGUUUGUCACCACCUCAGUCUUGGGAGACAGAGGCACACCAUCCCCAGAAGUCAUCACUCAACUGAUCCAGUUUGUGGCCUGCAAGCCAUCCAGCCCUGAGCACCAGACAGUAAAAAAGGUGUGCAAGUCAAAAAGUGAGCUGUCGCCCUUUGAAGAAUGCAUGGACACCAGUCCAACAAUCAAGUCCUUCCUCUUGAAGCUGCUCCUGCGACAUGGGUUCAACAACAUAAAGAUUCACCUGGAAAAAUAUCUUUCUGAGAUGGAGGAAAAGAUAUCCUUCAACAAAAAGAACUGGAACCAUUUCUACUUCAUGGUGGUGCAUUGUUUGGAGGAUUUUAUGCAUCCUUCUUCCCAAGACGAUAUCAACCAGUUUGCUGAAAGCUGCCUCUCUACUGCAGACCUUUCUGCUUUUGGUUCACUCAAGACCUCAAAAAUUGACAUCCUCCAGUUCAUAGCCCGCCUCCGGUUCUCCAUCAGCCACGUGGCCACUGUGCUUGGCAGACAGGUGCUCGGUGAUCCAAGCGUACCAUCUCCUGGUGGGAACAAGCAAGAAGAGCAAGACCUGGUGAAUGCAAUGAAGAAGCUAGUGGAAAAUGCAGAGACACCAUGGCCUCAAGUAUUCCUCAUUAGAAAUCUCUAUAACAACUACGGGUUCAUCUCAAUGCAGAAGAUUCUUCAAACAGAAAAAUGGAUUUUACCCAGAGGGGUUGAAAUUUCACAGCAUAUGGGUGCCUGGUCAAAUAUAACACUGAUGACUUCAGUGCUGGAUAGAGCACAAAAUCAAAUAAAAAACAAAAAUCCCCAGGAAGUCCAGAGACUUAUGCCUGUCAUAAAACAAAUGGAAAACAUCCUCCAAAUACCACCGCUCUCAGAAGAGCUUCUGGAAAACAAGAUUAAUAAGAUGGUGGCUGCUCUGCAGAGACAAAAAAACAAGGUGUUGAUGGAGGUGCUGUUUCACACUGCAUUUACUCUGGCCAUAUCCCGAAGUCCCUUCACUGAACUUUUCAGAAAUAUCUGCUUUAAGCCUCAUGUGAUGAAGGGGUCCUACCUUCCCACCAUGCCUGGAGACCUUUUUGAUGAGAAGAACUGGAAAGUUGGUCCAUAUGAUAAACUAUGGACUUGUCAGUGUGGAUCAUACUGGGUCAUCACCAAUUGUGGGCGUCCCUACGAAGUCAAACAACGCCUAUGUGGUGCUAAAGUUGGAGGAAUUAAUCACAAACCUGAGAGAGGUUUUGAGAUGAAGAACAUCACAGAGGAUGAAACGGGAAGAGGAUACAUCCUUGGGAGCCCUUUGAAAAGGAGAAUUGAAUUGGAAAGGGACCUGUCACCUGCCUCUGUCUGUCUUGCAAGAGCUCUCCUGCAUUCAUCCAUGCUGCUGGGGAUUUGUACAGAUAAACAGGCGACUCUGAGUCUGAUGACAAAGAAGCCAAAAGAUGCUGCCAAAUUCUUCUGGGACCACCUUGAAAAAGAUAUUGAAUGUCUGGCAGAGGCACUUAGCAGAAACACAGAGGAUGCCACAGUGACUGUCCAUCUGUUUCUUCAGCACUUAAGCAACAGUACAACAGGAAAAAACAUGGCCCCGGACAUUUUGCCUAGGCAAGAAGACCGAAGGCAGUGGGAAACUUGCUUUAAAACUCUGACUCAGCCCUUCUUCCAGGCCUUGGAACAGAGCCUUAAUUCUGUCAAGCUGGAGAGGAUGAGAGAUCCUGAGGGCUCCAACCUGCUCCUACAAAUAGCUUAUGGCCAGGUGACUCCUUUCAAAGACCAGCUAAACCUUGGACUGAUUGGCCUGUCCUGCAUGUGGAAAUUUGAACAGAAAAUGUCCAUUCAGACCCUGAUGCAUCUUCUUCAGCAAGAACACAGAGAAGGCAAAGGAAACCGCUACCCUGUUCUUCUGGAGCUUGUGUCUCAGCUCCAAAACAUCCAGCAUGUCCAACAUCUGCCUGACAUAUUCAGUCUGCAGAAAGCCCUGAUCCACUUCUUCCAGAACAGCCAUGGAGGGGAAAUAUACUCAAUACAACAGUUCCUAGACCAACAUGACCUUUCAGAGGAACAGCGUUCAGCUUUCUGCCAAGCUAUAGGGACCAUCCAGAAAGUCUGGCGCAAUAUCAGAGACAAACCACAGUGUUCAGAUGUCAGAGUCCCCUGGGACCAGUUGCCAAAGGACAUCAAUGCUAACACUGCUGUCCUGAAACUCCUCCCAACUCCACUGUCUAUCGGUUACCUUGUGACGAGGCUCCUCAUACAGCUCCAGAACAGUUGUGUGGACGCAGCUACACAGAUCACAAAGGAAAAGCAACGAAUCAUCUCUGCAGCAGAAGUUAAACCAUCUUCAGUGCUGAAGAUAACUGAGAAUGAUCUGAUUACUGCAAUGCUGGCCAACUCCCAAUAUGUGAUAGAGGAAGAUGACACCAAGACAACCCAUUUUGAUUUCCAGACGCUGCAGCGGCAAGUGAUCCAACGUUUUAUCAGUGGGAAACCCACCAUCAAACCUCAGACUGCUCCAUCCUUUGAACUGAACAGCAUGAAGACCCUGCAGGAGACAAAAGCAAAAGUGAGAGAACAGCUGCAACAGGAAUCACUAAGUGUGAACCAGCUGAAACGGAUCAUGGAAGAAGCCCACUCAGUGAAUGCCAUUUCCCAAACUCUAGCCACCUUGAAAGUGGCUGCUGAGUUUCUGGCCGUGACUGGUGGGGACCCAGAGUGCCAGUUGUCUGACUAUGUGAAAAACAAGCUGAAGAUGGAUGCAAGUGUGGAACAGUUCAAAGAUAUGCCGGUGGUACCAAACACUCAGCUGAAGCACAUCCUGUCUCUGUGGCAGACAUUGUCAGCAAAGAGAUCUGUGCUGCUGGUGCAGAUGAAUCAGAAUCCCUUCUGCCUGGUUUCUGAGAAUUACCACAAGGAGUUGAGUGCAGAGGAGAAGAAGGUUCUGACUACUGCACUUUCCACAGUUAACCUGGACUUGUUCCUCAUUGAGCUUCAUGAGAUGAUCAUUGUGCCUCUGGAUAGCUUUGAUCCACAGUGGGGGCUAAAGGACACUUUCAGAACCUUCCUGGAAGACAGGCAAGAUGAUGCCUGCAUUGCAAACCUGACGGGCACUUUGAGUCCAGAUCUACUACUGAAGGAUGUUGUUUCCGUCUGGAAGACAGCUGUGAGGACCAGCAAACUUCAUAGCCCUACUUACGUCCAGGAGAGACCAACCUAACUUUUGCUAAGUCCCCCAGGAAUUAACUCACCCGCAGCUUCUCCAACCCAGUUUUCAGUGCCCCAAAUGCAUUAACUGUCCUAAGUGACUGCACCCAGGAUUUCCACCCAUGCACCCACUGUCCACUGGUCCAGGAGCUCCACUUAAGCUCAGCCCUGGGCCUUCUUGAGCUGUGUUGUAGGUGCAUCAGUGUCCCGCCCUGACAAUCCUGAUUUGCUCACUAGUCUUCCUGCACUGACCUUGGACCUGUCUCCACCUCACCUUGUUGAUGAUCACUGAGCAGUCAGUAGAACCUGGCUCAGCCCAGGUUCUGUGGGACUGUGCCUGGUCAGUGGAGACACUGUCCUUCAUUUCCUGGGGUCAACCUCUGCUUCCAGAUCUUUUUCCUGUCUAGAACAACUCCACGCCUGCUGCUCCCUAGCAAAAGUCUCCCCACCAACCAUUCAGUUUUUUGCCAUUGAAGUUUCAAUUUAUUGCAUCUAAGUUUCAACUGGAAAGGGGGAGUGAAAGGGAACCCCAUUUUAAUGCUUAGUACUGUAUUUGUGCUUUUUUCCUAAUAGCUGCAAUGGCAUAUUCAAGGCACCAAAAGCAAUGUAAGCAAAAAUACACCUAGAAAUAAACGCAAAAGCAAGAAACAUAGAGCAGCUGCGGCGCUCAGCAUGGCUCAGCAGUGGCACUUCCACAAUAAAGAUACGCUUUCCAAUUGCAGUGAAGACCCAUUUAUACCCUAUCUGGGAACUCCGCACCUUGAGAGAAAUGGUAAGUCACCUCUUCAGCUGGCCUGGAUCAGGUCUUCAGUUUUGCUCAUCCUGACCUAGAAGUACAUGCUGUACUUCCUUAUUGGUCCCAACUUUGGUUUCUUUGGUAUCCCCAAAAUCAAUCCCAGUUCCCAAGACUGAAUUUCUCUGGUGACGAGUGAUUGACAAUCAGUGAGCAGUUAAUAGCUCUGGAGCUUCGAAUAUCAUUUUGUGGCUGUGUUUUCAAGGUCUCUGAUCUUAUCCC